AUGGCGUCUAUCCCACCAUCGGAAGACCGUUUGACGUCAGGACAUCGGCUGUCUCACCCGCCACCUGGAGAUGAGGUUUUCAUCUCCGGUAUUUCUGGUUCUUUCCCCGACUCUGACUCCGUUAUGCACCUGCAGGAGAACCUCUUCAACAAGAUUGACUUGAUCUCCAAUGACGGCCGUCGGUGGAAACUCAGGCACCCCGAAAUCCCGCAGCGAACAGGAAAAAUCAACAAUCUCAACAAAUUUGACGCAUCUUUCUUUGGCGUUCACUUUAAACAGGCCCACACCAUGGAUCCCAUGUGCAGAAUACUUCUAGAAAAGGCAUAUGAGGCUAUAUUUGACGCCGGCGUUAACCCAAAUGAACUGCGUAAUACAAGAACUGGAGUGUUCAUUGGAGCCUGUUUCUCUGAAUCGGAGAAAAUGUGGUAUUACGAUAAAAUGCAGGUCAAUGAAUUUGGUGUGACUGGAUGUUCCCGUUCCAUGUUAGCCAACCGUAUCUCCUACUGGUUGGGGGUAACAGGUCCUUCUUACACCGUAGACACGGCCUGUUCAAGUUCACUAUACGCACUGGAGCACGCAUUCAGAGCCAUUCGGGACGGACACUGCGAUUCUGCUAUCGUCGGUGGAUCCAAUCUUUGUCUCCAUCCCUAUGUUUCCCUGCAAUUCUCUAGGCUGGGAGUGUUAUCGCCUGAUGGAUCAUGUAAGAGUUUUGACAAUAGUGCUAAUGGUUACGCUCGGUCUGAAGCCAUCGUUGUUUGCUUGCUGCAGAAGGCCAAGAACUCCAGAAGAGUAUAUGCACAAGUGCUUCACGCAAAGACAAACUGUGACGGCUACAAAGAACAGGGUAUUACAUACCCAGCGGGUAAUGUUCAGAAACAGCUCUUAUAUGAGUUUUACGAAGAAUGUUCCAUCAUGCCAAAGACCUUGGAGUACGUCGAGGCUCACGGCACCGGCACACAAGUAGGAGACCCAGAAGAGUGCCUUGCCAUCGAUGACGUGUUUUGUACGGGCAGAUCAGAACCACUCAAAAUUGGUUCCAUCAAGUCUAACUUAGGACACAGUGAAGCUUCCUCCGGUCUUUGCUCAGUGGCUAAGCUAUGCAUCGCUUACAGCACAGGUUACAUUCCACCAAAUUUGCACUUUAAAACGAUUCGUGAGGGUGUCAAAGCUCUGGAGGAAGGAAGGUUUCAAGUUAUUACAGAAAAGACUCCAUGGAACAAAGGAAUGGCUGGAAUUAACUCAUUCGGCUUCGGAGGAGCUAAUGCCCAUAUAUUGUUGAAAAACGUUUCCCCGACUAAGGUCAAUAAUGGAAUACCCUCGGAUGACCUGCCUCGUCUAGUUUGCAUAUCUGGACGUACAGAAUCAGCAGUGGCCAGAAUCUUUGAUGACCUAGAGUCUAGAACGUUAGAUGCCGAAUUAGUGAGACUCUAUCACUCCAUCCACGAAGAAGAAAUUAAAGGCCAUAUUGUUAGAGGAUACUCAUUGCUAGGCUCAACACCAACCAAAGCAGUAUCUCUUGCCCGUAACAUCCAAUACUUUUCGGGCGUUCGUCGUCCUGUUUGGUUCGUGUACACUGGUAUGGGCUCACAAUGGGCUGGUAUGGCUACAGAGCUAAUGAGAAUACCGGUCUUUGCCGCUGCUAUUCAGAAGUGUCAUAAAGCCUUGGAACCUAAAGGCAUUAACCUAACAAAGAUCAUCACGAAAAAUAACCCCAAGAUUUACGACAACAUCCUCCACUCCUUCAUCGGGAUUGCCGCCGUACAAAUUGGUCUUACCGACGUCUUGAAGGCCGUUGGCAUUGAACCAGACUACAUCAUUGGUCACGGCGUCGGAGAAUUAGGUUGCGCAUACGCUGACGGCUGUUUCACAGCAGAACAGAUGAUCUUGUCUGCGUACAGCCACGGUCUUGCUUCUAUCGAAACACCUUUCAUCAAGGGCUCCAUGGCAGCUGUUGGAUUGGGAUACAACCAGAUCAAAUCCCUCUGCCCGCCUGAAAUUGAAGUGGCCUGCCACAAUGACCCCCAAUCUAGCACCAUCUCAGGUCCAGCUGAAAUCAUGAAGUUCUACGUAGCAAAAUUGGUGGAGAAGGGAGUCUUUGCCAAGGAAGUUCCUUGUUCCAACAUUGCCUACCACUCCAAAUACAUCGCUGAGGCUGGUCCAAAACUUCUCAAAUACCUGAAAGAAGUGAUUCCGAGCCCGAAAGCUCGCUCUGAGAAGUGGGUCUCAUCGUCUGUUCCUCAGCCAUUGUGGAAGGAUCCGAAAGCACAGUUGUGCUCUGCUGAAUAUCACACCAACAACUUACUCAGGCCAGUUCUCUUCGAAGAGACAUCUCGUCUGAUCCACCAAAAUGCUAUAACGAUAGAAAUAGCGCCUCAUGGCUUACUCCAAGCUAUACUGCGGCGAUCACUAAAGAAGGAUGUCACGAACGUACCACUCACACAGAAGAACGAGGACAAUGUGACUGUUAUGUUAAAUGCUUUGGGCAAACUUUACCAAGCUGGAUUGAACCCGAAACUGGCGAACAUCUACCCACAAGUGCAAUACCCGGUGUCCCUUGGUACACCAAUGAUCUCGCAUCUCGUAGAAUGGGAGCAUAGUGAAGACUGGUUCGUGACCUCAUACCGCGCUCAUGAGAAGUUAAAGUCUGGAGAACGUACGGUCAGGAUGUCGAUCGUCGAUGAGGACAGUGAAUAUAUGGCCGGACACGUUAUUGAUGGUCGGAACCUAUACCCAGCGACUGGUUACCUUGUGAUGGUAUGGGAGACUCUUGGUUUGAUAAUGGGAGAGCUAUACACCGAAGUAUCUGUGGUCUUCGAAAAUGUGAGGUUCCAGCGUGCUACUCCAAUACCUAAAGACGGUAACCUGGAAUUCAUUGUCAUGAUACAGAAAGGCAGCGGAAACUUCGAAAUUGUCGAGAGCGGUGCAUCUAUUGUAUCUGGUCGCAUCUACGCAAAGAAGAACGUUGGCAAGGACUACCGUGUGCUCCAAGCAGCACCUGAAGACACUGGAGUAAACGUGAAGCAUAUGCUCACUAAAGACUUCUACAAGGAGUUGAGAUUGAGAGGCUAUCAAUACAGCGGUCUCUUCCGAGGUGUGAUUGGUUGCAACAUCGAAGGAACUCGGGGUCGUGUCGCUUGGGUCAACAAUUGGGUCACCUUCAUGGACUGCAUGUUGCAGCUCAAGAUCGUCGGAAAUGACACCCGUGGUCUCUUUGUACCGACUAGAAUUGAGAAACUCUGCAUAGACGCCACAAUGCAUUAUGACGCGGUAUCGAAAAUGAAUCAAGUAUCGGAUAGGCAAUCGUUCGAAGUACGAGUGUACCCAGAUGUGGAUGUUGUCAGAGCCGGUGGUGUCGAAGUCCGUGGCCUCCACGCUUCUCCUAUCUCCAGAAAAAUCCCUCUUGGUGUUCCUGUUUUGGAGAAGAACAUAUUUGUACCUAACUGUGCAAAAACUAAGAUGACGGUCGAAGAAAUACUCAGAGCCAACAUACAACUCAUUCUCGAGAAUAUCCAAACAUUCAAAGUAAAAAGUAUUGAAUUCGUCGAUGAGGAAUACAAAACGAACGGCUACGAACCAAUUAUAGAAAAAAUUAGCGACGUUCUUGAAGACUUACCUCUUAUACAACCAGAACUAUUACUUAUCUCAGAAGAUACUAUUGAAAUGCCAUCGCACAUAGUUGUUGAAAAUAAGAAGGUUGCUGGAGAAAGCAACACAGUCUUAUUUAUUGGUGCUAAUCUUCUGAACAGACCUGAGGUCCUGCAACAAGCUAUAUCAACACUGCGAGACAAAUGUUUUAUAAUCAGUCGUGAAAAGCAACGUCCAAACCCUAAAGACCACGCCGAUAAAUACGAUAUCGUUACUAUUCAAGAUACUGGCGUUGAAUACUUGGUCCUAUUUAGAAAACGUGUCAGUGCCAAACCAGCAAAAUUCAUUCAUGUUAAAACAGCCGAUCAAUCAUACGCGUGGAUUGAACAAGUUAAGGAAGAAUUGAAGUCGGGCCAGAAAAUUGUCAUUUAUAACCAAGAUGAGGCACUCAACGGACUUUUGGGUCUUGUGAAUUGUUUAAGAAGGGAGCCGGGUGGCGAGGUUGUAUAUGGUUUGCUAAUCGCUGACCCUGCCGCUCCAACAUUCAAUCCUGAUUUGGAAUUCUAUGAAGAGCAGUUGGAUAAGGAUUUGGCCAUUAAUAUUUAUCAAGAUGGCCAAUGGGGAAGCUACCGUCAUUUAUUACUAGGAGACUUAGAAACAGUUAGCGCUAGCCAUGGAUUCGUGAACACAACCACUAUCGGAGACCUUUCUUCGCUCAGAUGGCUCGAAGGACCAAUUAGACAGAAUCAGAUUUUCAAGAAUCCAGAUAGUAUUCUUAUUCAAGUCUAUUGUGCAGCGCUGAACUUCCGUGACGUAAUGACAGCUUUGGGUCGAGUCACAGUGGACGCCGUUGCACGAGGGCGUCUUGCGCAAGAGUGCGUGCAAGGUUUCGAAAUCGUCGGCAGAAUACCUAAUGGUUCCCGGGUAAUGGCUAUGGUCCGUAACAGCGGUAUGGCAAAUAUGGUAGAGGCAGACCGAGCUCUCUUGUGGUGUAUCCCUAAUGAAUGGACCUUCGAGGAGGCUGCUACAGUACCAGUAGCAUACAGCACCGUUUACUAUGCUAUGGUCAUGGUGGGUCAAAUGCAACGCGGUGAAUCAGUUCUGAUCCACGCUGGUUCUGGAGGUGUGGGUCAAGCCGCGAUCAAUAUGGCAUUGCAUUAUGGCUGUGAGGUAUUCACUACCGUGGGUACAGCUGAGAAGAGAGCCUUCGUCAAAAAACUUUUCCCGCAACUUAAAGACAGUCACAUCGGUAACUCUCGUGACAGCUCAUUCGAAGACAUGAUCCGACGGGAGACCAACGGCAAGGGAGUUGAUAUGGUACUCAACUCUUUGUCUGAUGACAAACUGCAGGCCUCAGUCCGCUGUCUUGGGUUUCGCGGUCGUUUCCUUGAAAUCGGUAAAUUCGACAUCAGUAACAACACUCCCAUCGGGAUGUCCUUCUUCCUCAAAGAGACCUCCUUCCACGGAAUUAUGUUGGACUACAUCUUCGACAAUAGCUUCGUCUUCAGAAAGAGGUUGCAAAAUCUCCUACUGUCGGGAAUUGAAAGUGGUGCGGUCCGUCCCUUGACGUACUGUACGUUCCAGAAGAACGAAGUCGAAAGUGCCUUUAGGUACAUGGCGGCUGGAAAGCAUAUUGGAAAGGUAAUCAUAAAGAUCCGUGAUGAAGAACAAACCAACCGCCCAGUUAAGCCUACUUACAUGCCAGCCGAUGUUUUGCCCAGAUACAUGUGUCAGGACGACAUGUGUUACGUUGUGGUGGGAGGUCUGGGUGGUUUCGGUCUGGAGUUAGCAGAUUGGCUUAUCCUUAGAGGCGCGAGAAAAGUGCUUCUCACGUCUAGAAGAGGCAUCUCUAAUGGUUACCAAUCAUCCAGAAUGAGGACAUGGGCUAGUUAUGGCGCUGAUGUGCAAAUUUCAACCCAUGAUGUUACAACUGAUGAGGGUUGCGAAAAUAUGCUUAAAAUGGCAGAAGAAAUGGGCCCUGUAGAAGCAAUAUUUAACUUGGCCGUAAUUCUUAAAGAUUCCAUAUUCCAAAACCAAACCCCGGAGACCUUUAAGACUUCUUACGGACCCAAAGCUCAAGCUACAAUCUACUUGGAUAAACACUCAAGAACACUAUGCCCGAAAUUAAAGGACUUCGUGAUUUUCUCAUCGGUGUCCUGCGGCCGUGGUAACGCUGGUCAAACUAACUAUGGAUUCUCUAAUUCGGUAAUGGAGAGGAUCUGCGAACUAAGGAAGAGAGAGGGUCUUCCAGCGCUAGCCGUACAAUGGGGAGCUGUCGGAGAUGUGGGUUUAGUAGCAGAUAUGCAAGAUAAGGACAUUCAAUUGGAGAUCGGCGGAACUCUCCAACAAAGGAUCUCUUCUUGUCUCCUCGCUUUAGACAAGUUCCUGAAACAGGACGCUGCAAUCGUAUCAUCUAUUGUAGUUGCUGAAAAGAGGAUUGGAGGAUCGGGACGUGGAAACAUUGUGGACGCUGUCGCUCAAAUUAUGGGUAUCAAGGAUCUUAAGACAGUUUCCCAACAAGUAUCACUUGCCGAGCUUGGUAUGGACAGUAUGAUGGCAGUGGAAAUCAAACAGACACUAGAAAGAGAAUUCGAGGUCUUCUUGACAGCUCAAGACAUUAGAACUUUAACAUUUGGCAGAUUAGUAGAGAUAACAGCACAAAGAGAAGCAGCUACGACAAUUCAGACGGUUGCUGUUCAACCGGUUAUCUUCGAUGCUGCAGUUGGUAUGAAAGUUCUGAUGAGAAACUUUGGUGAUGAAAAGGACCUUUCAGAGCCCUUCAUAUUCAUGCCGACGUUAGUUAGCGAUGGCACUGAGUCUGAUGUUAUUAACAAGGACGAAAAAGUUAUGUUCAUGUUACCGGGUCUUGAAGGAACGGCCGCUACCAUGAAACCGCUUUGUAAGAGGCUCAAAAUCAAGUGCUGCGUCCUACAAUAUGGCACAGAGAAUAAAAACGACGACAUCGAUAGUAUGGUCGAAAGACUUUACGAGACGGUCAAACUUCGACUUAACCCAGGAGCGCAAUUCACACUUCUUGGAUACAGUUUUGGUUCCUCACUUGCUUUGAAGCUUAUGGAAAGACUCGAAAAUGAAGGUCAUCAAGGUUCGUUAUUCCUUGUCGACGGUUCACCCGAUUUCUUAUACGGGUUCCUCACUGUGUUAAUGGACAUUCAAAAUGAUACUCAGCUUCAGAACGGUCUUAUUUGUCACGUAAUUGACUUGGUAGCUCCCAACAACGAAAUCCCAGAUCUCAUGGAAAGACUUAAUGAAAUCGAGACAUAUGAUGAUAGAAUCCAGUACGCCGUAAAGGCAUGCCCUGCUCAACACAAUUACUCCGAUAAAUUCAUUGCCGACAUGUCAAUUGCCGGCUUUAAUAGAAUGAAAAUAAUUACCAACUUAAAAAAUCUAAGUUUCAAGAAACUUAAAACGCCUAUCACCCUUCUUCGUCCUAACCAAAUUCCACCGUUCCUUGCAAUUGAAGAGAACUAUGGUUUAGACAAAUUUACGGAAGGUAAAGUCACCAUACACUUAUUGGAAGGCAAUCAUCACUCUAUACUGGAAAACAAAGACUGUGCUACCAUUAUUAAUGGAGAGUUAUUAACAAACGACUCGUCAAGCAUGAAAGCAGAAAGCAAUGUUAUUACAAAUAUGAUAGAAAAAGAACGCUCUCUUCAAGUUUAA